AUGAUCUUAAACGUCCAAAACUUCAUCAAUGCCGUGAUAUGGCCAAGUGAUAACCUGGACAAUUAUUGGGAUGGCAGGAUCCUAUGUGAUGUUGAAGCCAAGCUUUCAAUCGGGCUCAGCAUGAGUGUCACCGGUGCCAUCGUCAGUAUUCUACGCCAAACUACAAUCAUCUUGAAUAUCGACAACGUGACUUUGAGUCCAACUUCUAGACAACGAAUGUUCAAGAUCGCGUUUGAAGGCACAGUGUGUGUCCUUGUACCAACAAUUAUGAUGGCAGUGCACUAUGUGGUUCAAUCUGAGAGGUACUGGAUCUUACCGGUUACUGGGUGUACAGCUGCCUUUGACAACAACUGGGUCACUGCCAUUCUCAUGUUUACGCCGCCAAUGCUGCUUUGUAUUCCGGGCUCGGUUUAUUGCAUCAUUGUGAUUUGGCGUAUUGUCAAGCAGAAGAAGGAAAUUGCGUCGGCCAUAGCCUUCCCUGGUGCGUCUUCAGCCUCACGGGCUCGUUUCACGCGAUUGUCGAAUCUGGCACUUGUGUUGUUCUGGCUGUAUCUCCCACUGGCUCUCUACAACUUCCUGCAGAGCUGCUUUCCAGGAAGGUAUCAUCCAUUUAGUUGGUCUUUCAUCCACCCACCUGACUGGAAGGAUUCAAUCUACAAGAUCUCGGGAGCUCCAGCCAUUACGCUAGAUCGUUGGGUGCAGAUUGGGGUGGGCUACAUGUGCUUCACAUUCUUUGGGCCGGGAACUGAAACAAUCGAAGCCUGCAAGUCUUGGGUGAAGCGUGUGCGGCUAGGCUUACAGGAGAUGAUUCCAAGUGGUGUAAGACGAGAAAGUUAG